UGCUCAUCUGCGCCAAACCGAAAGCGCGGCGAAGAAGAAGAAAGAAGUGGGCGCGGGAAUUUGUGUUGACAAUUGUUUAGCGAGUUAGCGAGUUAGCUUCUUUACCGUGCGUUUGCGAUUUCUUGUGUCUGGAAAAUACAGCAAUAUUAUAAAAGUCUCAUUUCUAAAUAAGGGAAAUGUUAACUUUUAUGCUGGGGCUGAGAAUUUUCCAAAUUGAGCCAGCUAGUCAGCUAAUGCUAGCUAGCUAAAAACAAUAUUGAAACCAAUGAGUAUCCAUCGCUAAGCUAGGCUAGGCUAGGCUAAGCUAAGCUAAGCUAAGCUAGCGAAUUUGUUCUGAAUAGUUCAGCCUACAGAAUAAACUCCACCGGCGCUGAAGCUUUUCUCUGACAAUGGACCGAAAGAUGAUGAAUUUGGGGAGAGCGAAAAAGAAACUUCGGUACUUUCAGUCAGAGGAAAACACUCCAUGUCAGCUGAAGAUUAAAGAUGUCUUUAGUAUGCGAGACCUUGACAAUAUUUUUGACGAUUUAGAUUCUGAUCCGGGGACGCCGCUGCUCUCACCGCUGCCCAAGAGCCCGGGGUUAGACGAGCAAAAUAAAGGGACCCAGUCGCCGGUUCUGAAGUCGCCCUUACCUUUCCGAGGGGAGAUCAGUCCCCUCAAGGGUUCAGAUGUUUUGGCAGCAGAAGCUGAGAUUCAGACGGACCAUUUAAACGGAAAAGGAAGCCCGUUUGAAGAAAUUGCUCCUAUUAAGACGUCCAGUCCGAUUGAGCUGUUAGCAGUUGAAGGUGUUGUAGAGGAUGCAGAAAAGCCCGAAACCUCUCCGCUGCUCUUCGGCAUUGAGGAUGAGGAGCCAGUUGUGGGCGACUUGAGCAAACCACAGAUGAGUCAGAAAUCAGAAUCCUCAAAGGACGUUCCUCAGGGGGACAGCGAAUCGUUGGCGUCUCCUCCAGCACGAUUGGAGUUUGGAAAGCCGAUAAAACAGAAUGAUCCUGUAACAGGCUCAACACCGCUAAAAGCACCAGAAGCACCAGACCAGGUGUGCAAGACCUCGGCACCGGAACCCGAGGAAGAGUCGCAAACAGAUGGGCGCCUAAGUUUAUCCCCCAUAGUUUUGAUUCAAAAGCGUCAGCCUGAACCUCUUCCAGAGGAGCAACCUAACAAGCAGGUGCAGGAAGUGGCCGUGGAAGUCGGAGUUAAACAAUCGUUGUUUCAGAAAAAGCUCAGACAUUCCUUACAGCCUAAAGCCUCAGGUUUCAGGAAACAGGAAACUCUGAAACAACCAGCUCGCGCUCCCUCACCACGUAUUCAGGAGGAAGACUUCAUGAUCCUGGAAGAUGACGGCCCCAUUCGCUUCACAAUUCCCAGGAAGACUGAGAAUAAAGAAAAACCUGCACCAGAGAGCAGGUCUGUGGAGCCGGAUUUGAAAGAGAAAGCUUCUGCAAAGCAGACAGAAGAAACCGAGAGCCACAAAGAUGAACCCAAAAAGAAAACAAAGGCAAAGCGUGGAAAGGCCAGUGAUAUGGCCAGUAAAGACACGGUGGUUCAGUCAGCUCCAGAAGAGAGAGACGAUGAAGUCAACGAAGACGUGGGAGGUGGAGAACAGAUCUGUCUUUCUCCAGACACCAAUCAAGAUGCUGAUAUACCUGUUACAGGUAAACAGAGACCAAAAGGCAAAACCUCUAAGCCUGACCAGCAGGGCAGCAAAGAUGGAAACGAUGGUGGUGCCAAAAUUCCAGCUGAAAAGCCUGCAGCUGAAAAGCCCACAGCCAAAACAAAGAAAUCUGCAAAAUUGCCCACCAAUAUUAAUACAGAACAAGAAGAGCCUGUGUCAAGUGUGAAGAAGAAACCCACUAAAAUAAAAUCUGCCAUAAAGGCAGGCGCACCUGAGUCUACAGGUUUAAGCUCUGCAAAACCAAAGAAACAAGAUGAAGACAGGAGUGCGUUAAAGAAUAAGAAACGGGCUAAAGAGCAGGAGCACGUGGCCGAGGUGCGAAAUCACACUGAACCACCACCGGAUCCUGCUGGGCAACCAGAGGUUCAGAGCAUGAAUACAGUUAAUAAAGCAAAUAAAGGGCCUGCAUCUAAGCAGCGUGCGCCAAAGAAGCCAAGAAAGGUAAAGAAGACAGAGGAAACUAAAGAAAUCUUAGAGAUAAAGGAGCUUCCUGUGCCUGAGCCUGAUGUUUCUGCAGAGGCUUCUGCAACCAGCAAGAGGAAGAGAAAACCACCUGGGGAGUGGUGGCUCGCACAACACGAUGAAAACAACACGCAGGAGCAGCAAGAGGCAGUUCUCACUUCACAAGAGCUCAAAUCCAACAGGAAAACCCAAAGGAAAGCUCCAGUAUUAACAGACUCAACCGAGCAAGAGUCACCUACGACUUCUCAGGAAAUCCAGAAUGAGUCUGUUACUGUUCAAAAACUGCCCAAAAAGGUGAAGAAGUCCCAGGCUGAUAAAUCUCAGUCUAAUCCUGCUGGUUCCCGGAAAAAUCUUAAAUCAGCUGGUGGCAGAAGGAAAGCAAAGGCAGGAGCUCAAGACCAGCGUGAAAUGACGCCAGCUCAGAUGGGUGAAGAAGAGGCGAGAGAUAAUGAGGCUUCAGGGCAGCUCAGUCCAGUGGCAUGUAGACAGCGCAGUGUAACUCCAGGAGAUAAGAGGGUGUUUGAUAAGAUCUACACACGGGAAGGUCAGAGUGGAUCAGCUCAGAAAUGUCCUCCUCCAGUGUUACUUGAUGCGCUGGAGAGUGUUCCAGUAAAACGCCACAGAAAACCAACCAGCAGCUGGUGGGAGGUUCCACAGUCUCAGGGACUUGUCGAGAGCUCUCAGUCUCCACAAAAUUCUUCUCCACAAACAUCCAGACCGCAGAUGGGCCCUCCACGGCGUGCGUUUCAUAAAAUGGCCAGUUUACAAAAGACAGUGGGUCGUGGCCAGAAAAAAAAUAAAAUUAACAUGAUUAACACUCCAAAGUCAAUCAGAAGAUCGUUGGCCACAUUUGAUGCCAUAUAUGACUCCGGGAAACCGGGCCCCUCUACAGAGAGCGGGCAAGGAGCCUGGCAGAAGGGCCGCAGAAACUUGCUGCACUCUCUGGAGGAUCAGUCGGAGCAGUCCAGUGAGAACAUCCACAGCGACUGUCAGCAGCAGGCUAGCAGCCACGCUACGUUUGACGUGUGUGUGAGUGGUGUUGUUCCAGAGUCCAGUGCUGCUCGGAGGAAAGCUAAUCCUCGAGCAACAAGUGGAUCCAACAGAGCAUCUGAUUAUGACAUUGCUUUCAAAAGUGGUCCUUCAUCACUAAUUGAGCUGGAGAGAUAUGAAGAGCAUGAGGACGUUGAUUUGCCGUCAUCUAGGAUCAUUCCUCAACCACGAUUCACACCCCGUGUUCUGUCCGAUUGUGAUCUGUGUGGCCCUCCACUAAAGCCCAUUGUUCUCGAUAACGAAGACUGGGAUAACCUCUGUGUUUGGUUCACUCAUAUCUGGCCAACCACGUCAAAAGAUGGUAAAGGCAUUAGCCCAGAUGACUUCCACUGGCACUGUCAUGCUGGACGAGCCAUGGGUCACAUGGUCGACCUUCAGAACAACACAUUCUCAAGUGGCAAGAUUUUAUUGGGCUCGUAUAUGAAGAAACCUGCGCAGUUGGAUCUUAAUGCCAUUACUGUAUUUAAUGUAGCAUCAAGUUGUGUGCGGGUGGAAAUCGACGGCGUCAAGGAGGUCUACAACUCGGGGCAAACAUUUAUGGCGCCUUGUGGGCAAUCGUACAGCAUUCACAACAUGUGCCAGGAGCCUGCUGUUUUGUGGUACCACAGGAUGAUACCAAAUCACACGACGAACUGACAUGGAAGAAGCAUCACUGCAAGAAAUCAUGUCCUUUGGUACAAGUGUUUAUGGAUAUGAUAAGACCAAGAUAUUGAUGUUGUAACAUGAUGUAAAUAUAUUGUUUUUAAAGUCAUAUGGAUUUGAAAGAGCCUAAAAGGCUUAGUAUUUGCCUUCAGAGGGACAGUUUUGCUGUUUUAAUGUAAAUAACAUUGUUGCACCGGUUACAGAUUGAAAAGACAAUAUGACUCUCAUUGUUAAAUUUGUUAUUUAAAGCAUUGCUUCCUGUUUUUACUAUGAGGCAUAAAUCUAGAUGCAAUUUUCCUUCAAAAUGUCAAAUAAAAUAACUUGUCAGUAGGGGGCAUUGUAUCAUAAUGCAUAUGUCACCCUCAGUCCUUGGGUUUAAAAAAAGAUUCCAGUGAAGAUUCCAAUGAAAUUCAGGAUAUUUGGAGAUUGUGGCUGUACGUAUGUUGGAUGAAUCCUGAUUACCUGUCAGCAUCAAUAUGUGAAGUGGCCUCACAGCCUCUUGUUGGGCAUUUAGCACAUGAACAUUAUUAGUAUUCAUCUCUAACAAUGCACCAGUGAUGAAUCUGCAUUGAAAAUGUGUUCUCUUAGAGAUGAUUGGAGUUCCACAGUCUGCUCCGUGUGCUUGAGAGCUGUCCAUCUAUUCCGCAUGCUGAACCCUCUGUCCUUUUUUGUCUGUUUUUUUUUUUUUUUUUCCCCCACUCCCUGGAACACUGUGAUUCGCCCGGGAUCAUGCUUCAACAUGCUUUUAACUUCAAAUGCAAACCCAACAAUCAAAGAAAAGCAGCUGAUGAUCUUGCUUUAAAAAUCACCUCAGGUGAUGAAUGUGCACAAACAAGACGUCCUGAUUAAGAUGUAGGAUGCAUUUGCCACUGCUUGCAUUCAUUAGUAAUACAGAUGUGUUCGAAGACUUCACUCUUGUAUGCACAGAGACGUUCAGUCCUGUUAUGGUCAUGUUCAGCUAAAUUCAGCACUUUGUUUAUGCUGACAUUAAGCAUGCUUAGAGAUUAUGUGUGCUGUUCACAAGUGUUAAGACAAACAUUGUUGAAAAGACUUCUGAAUCAGAAACUGACAGAGAGAGAUAAUACUGACACACAUUAUGGGAUUUAAGUUAAGGUAAGCACCAUAUCAAUCACUAUUAUUUUCAUAGAUUUAGAGAUGUGGAGUUGUUCAUCACAUUUUAGG